AGCCAUCCAAGUCAGAUCUGGACUACCCCCCGGUAUCGAACUUUGUGCUAGGACCAGCGUCCCGGCCCAUUCAUGCCCUGUAUGCAACUCGACUCCAUUUCCUCCGCCUUCGGCGGAAUCUGCAAGUUGGACGUGCGCAGCCAGUGCCUCCUCCUUGCAGCAAUCCUGACCCUGGUGCUUCCCUUGGAGAUUCACCACCUGCUGGCGGCAUUCAUUGGCGCGGCUGGGUACUCGCUGCUGCAAUGGCUGGAGCCUGCGGUGAGGCGCAAAGACAAGCCCUUGGCCAAGUCGGCGAAGCUCCCGCGGGCUUCGGCCGGAGCACCGGCGGCCCAGGUGCGGCCGGAACGCAUCCGCAGAGGCUUCACCGCCGCCGAGGGCCAAAAGUGGGGCGCCCUGCGCGAAAUGGCGCCCACCCCAGCUGCCACGCCGGGGACGCUGAUUCCUGCGGCCGCACCGGUGAAGCCAGAAGUACGUCGCCCCAGCGUGAUGCCCGUGAAGGCGCCCAAGUUCCUUGCCAGCGGCUGGGAGAACGAAGUGCAAGAGCUGCUGCUGCAGUUGAAGACGACUGAUGCGAGCCGCGAGCAGGUGGAGUCGGUCGCCGCGGCCGUGCGCGCGGCGCUGGGCGGCUCGGCCUCGGUGCGGGCCUUCGCGGUGGCGCAGCCGCUGGCGGGCGCGGCGUUUGGGGUGGCGGUGCCCGAGGUGGAGGUGGUGGUCACCAUUGAUGCCAAGGCUGGCCGCGACAGCAAGCUGCAGAAGUCCUUGAUCCGAAGCUGCACGGACCGCCUGGUCUCUCACGGUGCCUUCAAGUUCAGGCGCUCGGCCUUCCGGGGCUCCGAGCCCAAGGUGACGCUCAUCGCGCCCCAGGCGCAGGCCAGCAUCCCCUUCAACCUGGCUGUGAAUACUGAGGGACCCCGACAUUGCGUGGAUCUCUUUGAGGCGUGUGCACGCGUGCCGCAUGCGCAAGACCUGAUCCUGCUGGUGAGGCGUUGGGCAAAGGAGCCGGCACUACCAGGCAGAGCUUGCAACCCCAAGGUCCUGUCGUUCGCCAUUCAUUCUGUGCCUUUUUUUUGAUGAUCCUGGUCCUAGCGGAACCCCUUUUUUGAGUUGGCU